AUGGCCCAAGAUUGGAAAAACACAAUUUUGAAACGCAUGAAACAGAGGAACGUUGCACAGAGCCAGAGAUAUGAAGAAGUGCUAACCUCAUACAACGCCCUAGUGGAUGAAAAAAACAAACUGACAGCCAUCAUUGCAUCCUUUACGUCAGAAAAUGUGUUCAUGUAUAAUGGUAAACAUUUGGGCACCUCAUUUUCCAGUCGAGAAAAUUCCAUUCCGAACAUUUUAAACCACUUUCAUUCUCAACGUGAUGAUUAUGAUGGGGGGGACAAUGUCACACAUCGGGAUGUCUCACUUAGCAUAGCAUCAGGGAAUGAUGCCACGACGGAAGGCUCCCCAUUUGGGGCGGCAACCCCGUCAGUAGUUAAUAGCAAAACGCAAGACAGACUCAUAAACGGAGUCUCCAAAAGAGAAUUGCUUCAAGUCAUUACUGCAAAAGCCAAAGCAGAUGAAAUGAUACUUCUACUAAAAAACAAUAUAAAUGAAAAAAAAAAAAUUCUCCAUGUUUUAAACAAACACAAUAAAACUUUGAAUGAAACACUUAUAAAAAGGGAACAGAACCUCAAUGACAAAAAAGAAAAGUUGUGUCAUCUGCAAAAUGUUAUUAGUAAACAAAAGAAAGACAUAAAAUUGUACGCCAGUUGUAACAUAUCCCUUAGGAGGAAAAUAAAAUUGAGCCAAAAAAAAAAACAAAAAGUCAUUAACGCAUUUGAUGCAAUAAAACUUUCCUAUUUCAAAAUAUGGAAAGAAGCUUUUCAACUGAAAACUUCCAAAAAGAAUCUGCAGGAGGAGUACUUCACCAUCAGAAAUGAAUUGUUACAGAAAAAAAUUGAAAAUGAAAAACUCCUUGAAGGCAUGUUAAAAAUUAAGAAAGCAUACAGACGUCAGCUCAUCAAAAUGCACACAUUUAUGCGACAACGUAAGGACAAUUAUUCCCUCCCUGCACAACAAAGUCGAACACACAAACGAACGUUUCUUAAAAAACAUAAUUUUUUUUUAACUCUAUACUGGGACAAACUGCACUACAAGCAUACAUCAUAUGGGGAACCUCCUUUGGACAAUACACACCAUUCGCAUAGUAAGAGCAACAUUUUUGCAAAAAAAAAAAAAAAUUUGUUAGCCAUAUCGGGUAGAAGUGGUCAUACUGAAGAGGUGCCCACACGUCAUGACAUUCCCUACCAGGAGAAGUCCCAAUGGAGGGGAAAUACAUCCGCUCCAAAAGCACCACGUCAAAGUGGGAAAAAAAAGUACAGCGUCUUACGGGAGGAUGUGGCAGUAGCACAAAAUAAGGGUUCCUGUUUUCAAAACCGUCAUGAACACCGCACCCACGUCGGGGCAACGAGUCUCCGAAAUAAAUGCCUUGCGAACGGAAGGUACCAAACCUUGUCAAAUGAUCGAACUCAAGUCCUUAACAACGGUUUACGUAAACCCCGUCUCCACAAGAUAAAGGGACGUCUAAGCGUUCACACGAGCAGCAAUGACCUCUGCUUUAGCGCCUUACCCGGAACAAGUCCACACGUUGAUUCACACAAAUGUGAGAAGGCAAAAUGGGAAGGAAGGCAACGCGGUUGUGCUUCCGACAACGAAAAACAAUUAAGCUCAUCAUAUUUAGCAGAGGAUCGUGAAGAUGGAACCUUUCCAAAUUUUAACAUCAACGACUGCGACAGUGAUGUGGACCUCGUUCGCAGCGUUGGUAGCGAUGAAGACUAUUCCGAAUUGAGGGACUCCUGUCCGGUGGGCUUGCGCACAGCUUGGGUUCCACACCUGCAUAACGCGCUCCCCACAGUUGCAGAGGAUGAAAGCAGAGCCUUUGCAAAGAUCAAAAAAAAAACAAGCGGACAUGCAUUAAACGUUUCCAAAUAA